UGUUUGUCAGUGUUGUCAAUAUCAUUGUCGAGCGUGGUACUGCGCUCGGUAAACGCGAGGUAUUGAUUACGGUAGCUCGUGCUCCGGGUUGCUCAUUGUCAGGCACAAAGGCAUCGAUCGUGGCAUUUCGUUUGUCCCUGAAUUACAAGUACGUAAUUCCGUGACGCAAAGAGCAGUCGCCCUAUUUACGGGGGUGGCUUCGAAAUAAGUUCCGUACUACGGAUACCUUGAUUCAGUGGAGUGGGUGACAUUGAGCCAUGGACAUCAGACUCUUACUGUUAGCCCUGGGGGUCAUCGGGGCGAUGGUGGCCGCGGUCGCAUCGAGGCUCGGAUUCCCCGGAUUCAACAAGAUCGCCCAGAUUUUCUUGGCCCUGGUGUUGCUCCCGGUGCUUUGCAGAUUCCAUCGGAAGCUGUACAUCAUCUGUAAGAUGCUGCCACGCGAUCUCAGAUUGAUAUACCGUGCCAUUAAGUCUGAACUCGAAAUGAAGGUUCUAUCUAGGAAAAACAUGAGCGUGACGAAGGCAUUUUUGAAGAGAGUGGAACGUUAUCCUAACAAGACUUGCUUCAUCGUCCAGGAUCAAGUUUGGUCGAACUAUGAUGUGAACAAAUACGCCAACCAAAUAGCGUCCGUCUUUCAAAAGGCUGGAUAUGUUAAAGGGGAUGCUGUGGCUUUGAUGAUGCCGAGCAGGGCAGAGUAUGCCGCGAUAUGGCUAGGCCUGGCAAAACUCGGUGUCGUUACGGCUCUAAUCAACACGAAUUUACGACUUCAGUCUUUGAUCCAUUGUCUUCGCAUCGCCGAAGUGAAGAGUAUCAUUUACGUCGAGGAAUACACGUCUGCCAUCGAUGACAUUAAGGACUCGAUUCACGGUAUCGCCAGAUACAAAUUGUACAACAAACCAGGGGCGAGCGAGGAUGGUGUACAUAAUCUGAAUGAACUUCUAUCCGAAGCCAGCACCAAGGAACCGGUGGUGAAAGAAGAAAUUGGCUACAGAGACAAGCUGAUAUACAUUUACACAAGCGGCACAACUGGUUUGCCAAAAGUGGUGAUCGUUCCCCAUUCCAGGUUCUUGCUGACCGUAUUGCCGUAUAAUUUGAUGGGGUUGAAUUCGAAGGAUAUCCUGUAUAAUCCAAAUCCAUUGUAUCACACAGCUGGCGGUAUGUUGGGAAUAGGUUUCGCGCUUCUGAAAGGUAUACCAACCGUCUUGAGAAGCAAGUUUUCAGUGACAUCUUAUUGGACUGACUGCAUCAAACAUAAAUGUACCGCAGCACAAUACGUUGGUGAGAUGUGCCGUUACCUGCUAAAUGCACCACCUCGACCGACGGACAGCGCACACUGUUUAAGAAUUAUGUUUGGAAAUGGCAUGAGGCCACAAAUUUGGAGCGACUUCGUUGAACGCUUCAAAGUUGGUCGGAUUACGGAGUUCUACGGGUCGAGCGAAGGAAACGCUAAUAUUCUGAAUGUGGAUGGUCAAACUGGUGCUGUUGGUUUCUUACCACUGAUCAUACCCAGGUCGCUUCAUCCUGUGACAAUUAUUCGAAUAAAUAGUGAGACAUACGAACCAGUUAGAAACGCAAAAGGGUUUUGCAUAAGAGCUGAUAUAAAUGAACCGGGAAUGUGCAUAGGAUUGAUAAAAGAAGGAAACGCGUCGAGAGAAUUCACUGGAUAUUUAGACAAAGAAGCGUCGAAAAAGAAAAUAAUAGAAAAUGUAUUUGUUAAAGGUGAUAAAGCCUUCCUAACAAGUGACAUUUUGAUACAAGAUGAGUACGGUUACGUUUACUUUAAAGACAGAGUAGGAGACUCAUUUAGGUGGAAAGGUGAAAAUGUUGCUACUGCCGAAGUGGAGGGUGUUCUAAGUAAUAUUGCAGGAUAUCGAGAUGCUACUGUCUAUGGUGUUGAGGUGCCUGGAAUGGAAGGAAGAGCAGGCAUGGCAGCAAUUGUCGAUCCAGAAAAUUUGUUAGAUCUUAAAGCACUUGGGGAAGGCUUGGAAAAAGCUCUCCCAGCUUAUGCAAGACCAAUUUUCUUAAGAAUUGUGAAAGAAAUUGAAAUGACAGGAACAUACAAAUUAAAGAAAUUAGACCUUCAAAGAGAAGGGUUCGAUCCAAACAAAAUAAAAGAUGAAAUGUAUUUCCUUACUGGAAACAAAUACAUCGAAAUUACACCAGAACUCUAUCAAGAGAUCAUAUCCGGGUCAAGGAAAUUCUAGUCACUGUAUUAAUGCUUUACGAAUAAUGACUAAGCGUUGAAAAUAUUUUUAAAAAAUUAGACGUAUAAUUCUUUUUAUAACAUGAACAUGACUUUGUGCACGCGCCUUGUAGAUACAACGCAUAGGGUUUUAUAAUCCAACAUAUACCAUAGAAAUUAGGUGAAUGUUAUUUUUAUGGAAGCUCAAGGAAAGCUUGUGUAGUAUGGGACUUCUGUCACAAAAAGACAAUUCGGUUUUGCCAAUAGUCACAUUAAAGCGAACGAAUAUGGUGACAUGUUCCUGUAUAUUUUAUAAAUACUGUGUACAUUUUUAAAUGAAUGAAUGAAGUGUAGUAUAAGAAAGAUUGGCAUUGUAGAUAGAAAAGUAGUUCAAAUAAAAUCUUACUUAAUAUUUAA